AUGGCGUGGAGGGCUGCAAAAGCCCAUCGCAAAGCUCAGGGAGACAGAGCUACGGUCGAGCAUAGCAACGUGGACAACAUUGGAGAGCAUUGGACCGCUCGCUUAUCUUCCUCCGCCCCUACCGUCGCUGUCCCCGUUGCCGCUGCUCCCCCACCUGCUCCUGUCCCCACCUUCAGGUCUGAAAAGUUUCCAGACCCUGAAAAAUUCGAUGGCACCCGCACCAAGCUCCCCAGAUUCAUCACCCAACUUCGGAUGAAACUUGAAGUCAACCACGAUCGGUUCCGAAACGAGGCAGCAAAGGUUAUUUAUGCCGUCAGUCACUUGGAAGGAAGGGCCCUUGACCAGGUCGUUCCACUCAUUAACGCUAACCCUGCUGCCCCCUUUUCGUCCAUCACUGCCUUCGUUGCCCACCUGGAAGCCUCGUUUGGAGACCCAGAUCCCCAGAAUACCGCCCGUCGCCAACUCGUCGCCCUGAAGCAAGGGAAAGGGGACUUCGCCACCUAUUACUCGCAGUUCCUCCAUAUUGUGGCCUACCUAGACUACAAUGAAGGAGCCAAGAUCGGUGCCCUGACCGAAGGACCGUCGGAAGACCUGAAGGACGCCAUAACAUACCAGGCAGAUAGGCCUAACACCAUAGAGGCAUAUGCCACCAUGUUAAUGACAAUUGACAACCAGGUUCAGGGGCAUAAAGCUGAACAACGGGCCAUUCGGAAUACAAUGGGACAAUUCACCGCCCCCGCUGCUGUCGCACACCCAUCUCAUACCGCUGGAGGCCUCGCCCCAAUGGACCUCUCCGCUCUCCAAAGCCACCCCACUCAACGUCCUGCCAUCGAACAACGAUACACUUUUAUCAAUGGACAACGCAAAACCUCUGCCGCCGAAAAACAAUGGCGAAGGUACAACAAUCUCUGUAUGUACUGCGCCAACUCCGGUCAUGUCUUUGCCAACUGCCCCUCUGCCAAUCGCCCGCGCGGUAACCAACCGGUUAUGAGAGGCGCCCUCCUCGCACCCAGCCAUACGGCCGUCGACCCCGCUGCUCCACCGGUCGCUAGUCCCGCCUCCUCUGGGUCAGUCAUCGACGGACGGCCCAUAUCUUCCGGACAAAUUACCCACCUCUGCUACCUACCGCUAUCAAUUGACUCCCACCAUGAAACUAUCCCCUUCUUUGUCACCAAGCUCGGCUCAUACCCACUCCUCUUCGGAAUCCCCUGGCUCCAAUUGCAUGACGUCACAUUACGGUUUAAGGUCAACAGUAUACUGUUCGACUCCGAACACUGCAGACGCAAGUGCAACUCUUCCGCGAUACCCGUUCCCAUUAGAGGGGUUGCACCACCGCCCCGUUUCCACUUCAUCAGUUCAGCUGCUCUUUGUCGCUUUGCUCGAAUGGACAAACUCCAAAUCUUUAGUACAACUAUUGAGGAAAUAGAUCAAACUAUGGGCGAGGCCCCUAAGGAAGACUGGAGAAUCCGAGUCCCAACCCAAUAUAAGAGGUUUUAUGAAAUGAUGGACGAAGAAUUCGCUAACGAGAUGCUGCCUCGCCGCCCCUACGAUCAUAAGAUACCGCUUAAGGAAGGGAAAGAGCCCCCUUUUGGACCACUUUAUGGUAUGUCCCGUGAGGAACUCAUUGUGCUUAAACGAUACAUACAGGACAACCCCCAGAAGGGCUUCAUUCAGGCCAGCUCUUCGCCUGCCGGUGCCUCUGUCCUAUUUGUUAAAAAGGGCGAUGGAACACUCCGCCUCUGUGUCGAUUAUCGUGGCCUCAACGAACUCACUGUCAAAAACCGCUACCCGCUGCCACUCAUCCGGGAAACUCUCGACCGCCUUUCCAAAGCCAAGUGGUACACCAAACUUCACCUUCGCCAAGGGUACAACCAGAUCCGAAUGGCUGAGGGUGAAGAAUGGAAAACAGCCUUCCGAACGCGUUACGGGCAUUUCGAAUAUACGGUGAUGCCCUUCGGCCUUACCAAUGCACCAGCCACCUUUCAACAUUUCAUUAAUGAUUGCGUCCACGACUACCUCGAUAUGUUCUGCACAGCCUACCUCGACGAUAUUCUUAUUUACAGCGACACCUUCGAGGAACAUCAAAUACACGUCGAAAAGGUCCUGGAAGCCCUAUGA